AAAAAAAUUCCCCUAUUAAAUCAACAUUUUCUAGUCCUUUUUUUUAGAAAAAAAUAAUAAUUAAAGUCCUAUUUUUUAUUUUUAGGAAAUAAUGGGUUCUCUAAGGGAUUUGGAGCAUAAUGUUGGAGAAGAAUUAGAUAGGAAAAAUGAUGAAGAAAUUAUUAUGAAGAAGAAAAAAAAUGCACAACUUUUUAGGAUAUUGUUGGUUAAUAUUCAAGAAGUUAUAUUAGGAACAAAGCUUUGUUUGCUCUUACCAGCUAUCCCUUUGGCAAUCUUGGCUCAAUACUAUCAUUUUGCAAGACCUUGGAUUUUUGCUUUUAGUUUGCUUGGACUUGCACCUCUUGCUGAACGUGUCAGCUUCUUGACUGAACAAAUUGCUCACUUCACUGGUCCAACAGUUGGGGGUCUACUUAAUGCAACAUGUGGGAAUGCAACUGAGAUGAUAAUAGGAUUAUUUGCACUUUAUCAAAGGAAAAUACAUGUCCUAAAGUAUUCUCUUUUGGGAUCCAUUCUUUCCAACUUACUUCUUGUUCUUGGAAGCUCUCUUUUUUGUGGUGGACUUGCCAACAUUAAAAAAGAACAAACAUUUGACAGGAAACAAGCUGAUGUGAACUCACUUCUUCUACUACUUGGAUUGCUUUGCCAUAUGUUGCCAUUGAUGUAUAGAUUGGCUUUGGGACCAUCAAUUAACAAUAAUGUAGCAACUUCAAUAUUGGGAUUAUCUAGAGUUAGUAGCAUUGGUAUGCUUAUAGCAUAUGCUGCUUAUCUCUUCUUUCAAUUGAAGACACAUAGACAAUUCUUUGAAUCCUCUGAGGAGGAGGAAGAAGAAAAUAAAGUCUCAGAAGAUGAAGAGGCAGUAAUUGGAUUUUGGAGUUCAUUUGCUUGGUUAAUUGGCAUGACUAUAACUAUUGCUCUAUUAUCCGAGUACGUUGUCGGUACGAUCGAGGCUGCAUCAGAUUCUUGGGGGAUUUCUGUGAGUUUUAUUAGCUUAAUAUUGUUGCCAAUAGUGGGAAAUGCAGCAGAACAUGCUGGAUCCAUAAUUUUUGCUUUAAAAAACAAGUUGGAUAUAUCACUAGGUGUUGCAUUGGGGUCAGCUUCUCAAAUUUCUAUGUUUGUGGUACCUUUAUGUGUGAUUAUGGGUUGGAUAAUUGGUGUGGAUAUGGAUUUGGAUUUUAGCAUACUGGAAACUGGUUCUCUUGCUUUCUCAAUCAUCCUCAUUGCCUUCACCUUGCAGGAUGGAACCUCACAUUACAUGAAAGGGAUUAUUCUUUGUCUUGCCUAUUGUGUCAUUGGUGCUUGUUUCUUUUUCCAUAAAAUUCCAAUCAAUAUUGAAAACUAUUCAUCUGGGAUCAUGUCAUCUUAACCAAGUUCAUUCAGCAACGUGAUGAACCAUCAGAAAGAAAUCGAUAUGUAUCUGAUGGAAUCUACGUGGUACACGUCAUCAACCGGAUGUAAUACUUCAUUGCAUCAAUGUGCACUUGUUCAUCCAAAUUAGAGCUUUCUUAAUUACCCUUUUGUGGAGAUUAUUACAUUUCAUGUUUUGAUUGGAGACCCUAAUGCACAUGAAAUGUGAAAAUAAUAGACUUAUAUCAACAUGGUUUAAGCUUUAUGUAAAUAUAUGUUCUUAUUUAUUACUACUUUUUUGCAUAAAUGUGGUGGAUUUUGAGGAGAAUAAGAAACUAUCACUCCUAUCAGUUGUGUAUUUCAGUUGAGUAUUUUGGUGGCCAAUUAAUAAAAUUAUCUAAGGUUAAAUAUA